AUGAUGCGCAGGGACAACGAGCUUUCUCCGCCGGAAGGCGCGGCCAGCUCCCCCAGAUCCGUUGCAUCGUUGGGGCAGCAGUCUACUAGUUCUUCUGGAAGCGUAGGAGGUCCACUCAUGUCUGGUCCCGUCGCAGCCCGUGGAAGCGUUUCUUCUACCGGUUUCAGCGAUACAAUCACUUUAAAUGCAAGUUCGUCUUAUGCUUCAUUCACACUGAAUCCUGUAGAACUCAGCCUUCCAGAGUUUGACUUCUUCCCAAGUUCAACGUGGGAUAUGAUGGGAGGGCCGGAUACUGGAAAUCCGCACACUCCGUGGGGUGAACGUCCUGAUUCAAGGCAAAGUCUAACUCCUGUGUCUACUCCAACUCCGCGGCCUCCCAGUGUUCCCGGAUAUAGCCCCGCGUGCCCAAGUCCACUUAACCCUUACUCUGUAGCGACUCAACCAAGCCCUGCGGCCGCAACCCCUUUUGCUAAUAAUUUUCCUUUUAGUCCCAUCCAGGAACAAAGUGCAAAUUCAAGUUUUCUCGAGGACCAAAAAGACAGUAAAGACGGAGUACCAGAUGGCGAAAGUGGUAGUGGGCCUUCUCAAGAUUCGGGUAGAUUGAGAAACUUGUUAACCAAAAGAACCAGCACAAGUGAAGAAAGUGAAUACUCAGAGGACACGGAAAGCCGAAACAAAAAUCGAAUUUUAAAAGGUUUACUUAACCAGGACGAAGAAGAAGAAACAUCUCGACCAGCAUCGAGAAGCGUUUCUGGAAGAUUACCAAGUUCUGAUUUUAGUAAAACUCCAACCAAUAAUAACAAUAUGUUGCUCAAGUUAUUAAACGAGAAAAAUGACGAUGAUGAUGUAGAAUCAAAAAAGCAAAAUGCAUUACUUCAGCAGCUGCUAAAAGAACAAGACAAGGACGCGAAACCUCAUUUGGGAAAUUUAUUGAUGGAAUCAUCUCAGCAAUCUCAAGAGGAUACGCUUUUAAAAAGUUUAGGUUUUCGUAACACUACCCCCUCUCCACCUUGUGGAUCUGAGGGACUUACUGUAACUUCACUAAUAGGAAAUCGUAAAAGACCAAGCGACGAAAGCGAUGGUGGGGGUCCUUGUAAAAGAGAAGGUCCUCAUGCUAAUAGUAAUGUUUCUUCUUCUGGUAAUAGUAAACUAUGGGAAAAGAACAAAAUGUUAGCUUCACUUCUCGCUAAACAGCCGUCCAAAACAACGCCUAUUCCGCCCAUACCAACUUCCGUAAUAUCGGCUACGCCUCAAGAUAAAUUACCCAAAAUAGUAGACCGUCUUAAACCCGCUGGGUUAAGUGGUCAAUGGCCAAAUAGUGGUAUGCAAAAUAUUACUGCCGUCGGUCCUGGACGACCUCAAGCACCAACGACUCAUGUUAACCCUGCUCGAGGGCAAAGGCAGCAGCCUAAUAAUCAAUUUCUCAGUCAAAUUCUAAAUCAACAACAAGAGCAACAAGGAGUGAGUUCUCAACAAACUCAGCAACAGUCACAGUCUUCACUGACUCAACAAGCCAAUGUUCAGAAUAUAAACAAUGAACAUGGAAUGUGGGAUAAUCAGUCUUCCGAUCCUGUUUUGUCGGAUUUAUUGGAUCAGGUGAUAGAUAUUGUUCCCGAUGCUGUUUGUAACGAUUCUGCUACAAUAAUUAACUUGCUAGAUCUUGAUCAAAGUUCUUGCUAUCAGGAUCAGUUAAAUGAAAGGUUGGCAAUAAAUGCAAUUCAAAAGUCCUUGAUGCUUUGCGAAUCUGCUGUUAAGGGUCCUGCAUCGCCCACAAUUAGUACUCCACCUUCUUACAAUUCUACCACGCAAAUGCCAUCUAGCCAAUCUGCAGAGUUCCCUCCUCCUCCGGUGUAUCAGGUACAGCAACAACCUCAACCGAGAAUACGCUUUAAUUUACAGCAACAAUUACCCGGUAGACCUGGUGCACCACAGUACACCGUAGCUUCGGGAUCUCUCACUCAGGUACUUAUGCAAAGGAAGUUACUGCAGGAACAGCAGCAAAAGCACCAUAAACAAAGACUUUUACAACAGCAGCAGCAACAGCAGCUUUUAGUUCCUUCUAAUGCUGCGGCUGACCAAAUUAAUCCUUCGGGAUUACAAAAUAUUGAUAAUCUGCUCAACAAUACUUUAGCACCAAACGUUUCGCUUCAGCGUUCCUCAAGCGUUCCGGAAUCCCAACUUUCUCCUAAUUAUGGUUCUCAAUUGCUGAAUAGUAACAACGCACAGAUCUCACCUGGGGGGCAGCGUCUUAACCAGCAGCCAUAUUCACCUCAUUCGCAACUUACUUCUUCUCAGCAACCAUUUAAUAAUUUUCCCCCUGCUGGAAAUGGAGGUCAAACAAGAUUAUCUCCUCAUCCUCCUUCUUUUCAGCAGUCUCAACUUUCUCCUAGAAUAUCUCAGGGUCAACAACCAAGUUAUCCAAUUGCGUCCCAAACACAAAAUCAACAACCGCCAACAGGUGCCUGGUCUCAGCAAAAUGUAAAUCGACUUAGUAUUCAGCAACAACAAAAUCCGAUGCUUAAUGCUCAAUUAACGAGCGGAUAUGGUAGCAGUACAGGACGAUUUCCAGUUCAAAGACAGUCUCAAACAGGUCAAACAAUGUCAUCCGUUCGAUCUCUAGCUAGUCCUGGAACACCUCCCAGGCAAUCUCCUUUUCCUCCCGAAGCAGCAUUUCCUCCUCCAGCAUCCCCUACCACCGGAGGUUACCAAAAUCAAGGGCAAUACCAACAGAUGCGAUUGCAAAGAGCCGUAUCUGCUCCUUCCGCAACCACACAGUUACCUGGUAAGUAG